AUGACUCUAUUUAAGAUUUUAGUUCUAUUAAAGAUCGUGCUAGUAUAUCACUUUGGAGGCAGUACAUUCGAAGUAUCUAUAUUGGCUAUCGAAAGGGGGAAAAUGCAUGUACUGGAAGUUAACGGCGACAAUCACGUAGGUGGCGACGACUUGACCAACACAAUGAUUGACCACUGUUUGGCUAAGUUUGGCGGCGAACGGGUAGAUAAACAGACCAAUGAGGGGUCGGUCGCACUCCGUCGACUGAAACGCGAGUGUGAAAGACGAAAAAUCGAGUUGAGCAUGUCAAAUUUGGUGACCAUAAAACUUGACAAUUUGAUCGGCACUCGGCACAUGAACAUAAAAAUUACCAGGCAACAAUUUAACGAUAUGUGCAAGCGCCUUUUUAAACGCACAAUGGAAUGUGUGACAGAUGUUAUAGCUAAGGCGGACAAAAUGCAAAGGGACAUUGACGAUGUGAUCUUGGUGGGCGGCUCUACGCGUAUACCUUAUGUUAAGGAGAUGUUGGGCGAGUAUUUCGAUAAACAACCAUGCCACACUGUUAACCCAGAUCUAGUUGUGGCCGAGGGAGCUGCCAUUCAGGCUGCAAUUUUGAACGGCAAGCAAGCUCGACUAUCUGGUACAAUCUGUGAAACCGGUAUUUACCUUGGCACCAUCUUAGACUCUAUUGUCCCCAAACCCGCUCCGGUGGUCGUCAAUGGCGAUCAAAAUAUAGGACAAAAAAAUACAUCAAUGUCGUCAGUUGAAAAUAUAUACAGCCUUCAAUUUGAGGAAUUAAACGAAAUCGGUCAUGGUCAGUUUGGUAUUGUGUUCAAGGCGCGACAUAAAUUUGACAACAAAUUAUACGCCGUUAAACGUGUUGUAUAUAAUGAUCAAAAUAAACACGUGAAAAACGAAGUGGAAUAUCUAACAAGCUUGGAAUCGCAAUACGUGAUUAAAUACUACAACUCUUGGUCGUUUGACAGCCAUCUGUACAUUCAAAUGGAAUUCUGUGAACAGAAUCUUAAUAAGAUUUUAUUAGAUAAAAACCAUUUGUUUGGUCAUCCAUCAGGCAAUGACAUUCAAAUCAGCUCGUGUUUUGAAUAUUACAUAAUGUGUGAAAUAUUUCGCGAAAUGGUUGAAUGCGUACAGUAUUUGCACGAAUGCGAGCCCCAGAUUAUUCACCGCGAUCUCAAACCGGACAACGUGUUAAUCGCACACAUUGUGCGCAAUGGCCGGUUUAUUAAGCUAGGUGAUUUUGGCCUGGCCACGUUCACAACGAACAACGCCACGAAAUGA